CUAGGCUCCCAGCAGCCAGCUCGGGCUCCGGCGGACGAACAUAUGGCACGCAGCUAAACUAGACACGCCGCGAUGCCACCGCCGUCGCCAUUAACGUCCAUCUCGCCGGAGAACGGGGAUCUAGUGGCGCUCUCAGGCCGGUGCUCCACGAAGCGCAACCUGCGCCUCCUUCACGGCGCUCUCUUACGACGCCGCCACCUCCUCCCGGCUGCCGACGCCGUCGCGGCCCUCGCCAAGCUCCUUCGGUUCGCCGCCGUCUCCCCCGCCGGAGACCUCCGCCAGGCCGCCGCGAUCCUCUCCACCCACCUCCCGUUCAUUUCGUCGGCCUCCUCCCACCCCACCUUCUUCUACAACACCCUCAUGCGCGGCCUCGCCGCUUCAUCCUCACCCAGCGACGCCAUCGAGCUCUUCACCGUGAUGCGCCGUUCGGGCGCCGCACCUGACGCCUUCACCUUCACCUUCAUCCUGAAGUCCUGCUCUCGCUGCCCUUCGCGCCGGCGGCUACCUUCCGACCUCCACGCCCAAGCGAUCAAGCACGGCUGCCUCGGGAAGCUCAGCGCGCACACGCACGUACACAAUGCACUGCUUCACGCCUAUGCGUGCCGGGUGUCUGUCGACGACGCCUGCAGGGUGUUUGAAGAAAUUCCCGUUCGGGACGUGGUCUCCUUCUCAGGGCUACUCACCGCACACCUCAAAGCCAAUGAUUUGGAUGCUGCGCGCGUUGUGUUCGACCAGAUGCCUUGCCAGGAUGUCGUUUCUUGGACUGCGAUGAUUUCUGCAUAUGCUAAGGCUUGCAUGCCACGGGAGGCCCUGGCCUUGUUUGAUGCAAUGCCAAUGCAGCCAGACGAGGUGACCAUGGUGAGUAUUGUGUCCGCGUGUACCACACUCGGCGAUCUUGCAACUGCGGAGCGUGUGCGGAGGCUCAUUGAUUCCCAUGGUUUUGGAUGGAUGGUGUCACUUCGCAAUGCACUCAUGGACAUGUACGCUAAGUGCGGGUGCCUCCCUGAAGCACGAGCUUUGUUUGAUGGGAUGAUGGUGAAAAGUUUGGCAUCUUGGAAUACACUGAUCUCAGCAUACGCAUCGCAUGGCGAUCUGGACAACACGAUUGAUGUGUUCCAUCAGAUGUUGGCAGAAGGGAACACCGUGAGGCCAGAUGGGGCGACGCUGCUUGCAGUGCUUAUGGCAUACGCGUACAAGGGCUGUGUUGAGGAGGGGCGUGCCAUGUUCAAUGCAAUGCAGCGUGGGGACUAUGGCAAAGUGCAGCUCACUAUCGAGCACUACGGCUGUGUGGUGGACAUGCUUGGCAGGGCAGGUAAACUCGAGGAGGCAUACCAAAUGAUUGAGCAGAUGCCGAUUCCAAGCAAUGCUGUGGUCUGGGGUGCACUACUUGGUGCUUGUCGGACACAUGGAGAUAUCAUUAUGGCAGAGCGGGCUGUUCAGGAGCUAAGUAACCUAAAACCAGAGGAAGGUGGGUAUUACAUUUUGCUCAGUGAUAUGUACACCUCUGCCGGACGGAUAGCUGAGGCCACAGAGAUCAGACGUGCCAUGAAUGAGAGCAGGGUCCAGAAGACUACAGGCCGCAGCGCUGCCUUUCUGCCUCAACUGUAAUCUACCCUGUCUGGCCAUCCUUAGGAUCACAAUUUACAAGCAUAUCACGCCAACCAGAAGGCAUACACCAGACAAUGCUUAUGAAUUGGUCACAUGUGUCUCCGUCUUCUGGUCAGGGGUGUGAUGAUUGAUGUAAUUGUCAACACUGUAAGGCUGCUAUUAACUGCGGUUCAGACCACAAAAGAUGAACAAUUCAGGUGUAUUAUUAUCGGUAAUGGGCAUUUUUUUUGAAUGGAUAAUGGGGAUUUGGGAGGCUGCAUUUAUGUACCUUUGCGGUUGGAGAGGUCUUCAGGAGGGUUAAUUUUGGAGAAACUUUUACAGGUAACUGCAUAAAUCCUGCUGGGUGGACAGCUGGGGCAAAUCUGAAACAACACACCAUUCUCGUUGACCUGCUCAAGUCUUGAUUAGUUUUACUUGUCUGAAAAUGGAGAAGCCUAGAUCAUUAGAAUUCCCUGCACAGAGUUUUACUUGUCUGUUAUGUUGGCACACACAUGUAUCUUACUAGGGAGUAUUAUAUUCAGCAGGUUGACAUUGUUGGAGUGAGCUGCUAUUCUUCGAAGGAUCAGUGGGCAUGGAAAAACGAAAGAGUUGUACUCCGUUGCGUGGAAAAGAAUGUGACACAUGACCUCCACAAAUCCAAUGUUCUGCCAAAGGCGAUCUACAAUUAUCGGACUGCCAAAUACGUGAUGUGGAUGCACAUAGAUGACACUAACUACACCAAAGCGUCAGUAGGCGUGGCUGUCAGUGACUCUCCUACAGGCCCAUUUUUGUACCUCUACAGCAAGCGACCACAUCACUAUGAAAGCAGAGACAUGACCAUAUUCAAGGAUGACAAUGGGAAAGCUUAUCUGAUAAACUCUUCUGAGGACAACAGCGAGGUCCACAUCAGCCACUUAACUGAUGACUAGCUUGUUAUGACCAAUGGCAUGCGGAGGUUUCUCACCAGGGAGUACCUAGAAGCUCCUCCGUUCUUUUAAUUCGAUGGAACCUACUACAUGAUAGCCUCAGGUUGCACAGGCUGGGCACUGAACACAGUGCUGGCUCACCGGCUCACCCGGCCACAUCGGUCAUGGGACCCUGGGAGACAGACACUGGGGAAUCCCUGCGUUGGAGGGAAAGACAUCCUGAUCCUUUUUUUCGAUCAAGGAGCAUAGCCCC